AAACAAAUUUUACUAUUGCAUCCUGCAAUGCUUAGGCUUGCAAUAUCAUUACAAUAUAAGCCAGAUGCUAUAUCUAAACAGGAAGACGAAAAACUUCUUAAAUUGUGUUUAACUACAGAAGAAAGAGAUAUUUUAAAAAAUAAGUUCAUGCCAAUAAAUGAAAAAGAAGAAUCAUUAGAAUCUUGA